GAAAUAUAGAAGGUAGAAUGAAACCCUGCAGCCAUUGCAGCCUGGUCAACUUUUGUGAGGUUGUUAUAUUAUAUAUACUACCUCCACUCCACAUUUCACGCUCCCAUCACCCCCAUUUAUUUGAGUUGCUGAUUGAUGGUUCCUACUUUGGGGUUCAUAUAUGUUUCAAGUUCUUGUGCAGAAACCUUUGUCACUGCACUCAAAAUCUGCACUAGCUAGGUGGAACAGAAAUGGCAGAGGAUUGGAACCGCACGGCUCUUCUUGUGAUCGAUAUGCAGAAAGAUUUUAUAGAAGAUUGGAGUCCUGUGGCACUAAAAGGAGGGAAAGACAUUGUCCCAAAUGUGAUUAAGGCCGUGGAAGUUGCCAGGCAGCGUGGCAUUCUCAUAGUUUGGGUAGUACGCGAAAAUGAUCCCUUAGGAAGAGAUGUUGAGCUCUUUCGUCGGCAUCAUUAUACAGCAGGGAAAGUUGGACCAGCCAAUAAAGGAAGCGAAGGUGCAGAAUUAGUUGAUGGAUUAGUAAUUAAAGAAGGGGAUUAUAAACUUGUGAAGACCAGGUUUAGUGCAUUCUUUGCUACACACCUUCAUUCUGUCCUUCAAGGAGCAGGAAUUAAUAAUCUGGUGGUCACUGGUGUUCAAACUCCAAACUGUAUCAGGCAAACUGUCUUUGAUGCUGUAUCAUUGGACUAUCAACCUGUGACUGUUAUUGUUGAUGCUACAGCAGCAGCUACACCUGAUGUUCAUCAAGCCAAUAUGUUUGACAUGAAAAACAUUGGAGUUGCAACUCCAACAUUACAAGAAUGGAGCGAAUCCAAAGCUUAAUCUGUGGACCAUGCAACUUUUAAUUUGUACCUCGGGAUGUUCGAUUUCAAAGGUGUUGGUUGAUGUUUUUGGCAUGUUAAAUUGUAACGUGAAGUGAACGUAUAUGUAAUACUGCAUUACCUGGUAUUGUUGUUAGCUGCUCUGUAAAAUGAAUUUCGUUAAUGAUUUUUAAGAAAUUUUAGUCAAUAAUAAAGUGUAUUGUCUGUAUUCUUCAA